CGCCGUCCCCAGUUCCCCCGUUCACUUUGCUCCUCCCCUCCCUCCCCUCUCGCCUUCCGCCACGCCCGCGAAAACCCUACCUCCGGAGGCCGCUUCCCUUCCCUUCCCCGGUCACCGCACCGCCGGGCGAGAUGAUGGGGUACCAGAAGGGCGUCGACAUCGAGGCGGGGACCUCCGGCGGCGGCACCGGCACCACCGCGCCGACCCGGGGGCUGUACCCCGGGAUGACGGAGAGCCCGGAGCUGCGCUGGGCUCUCAUCCGGAAGAUCUACGUCAUCCUCUCCCUGCAGCUCCUCCUCACCGCCGUCGUCGCCGCCGUCGUCGUCAAGGUCCGCGCCAUCCCGCACUUCUUCGUCUCCUCCAGCGCCGGCCUCGGGCUCUACAUCUUCCUCAUCAUCUUCCCCUUCAUCGUGCUGUGCCCGUUGUACUUCUACCGCCAGAAGCACCCGGUCAACCUGCUGCUGCUUGGCGUCUUCACAGUGGCCAUCAGCUUCGCUGUGGGCAUGACAUGUGCCUUUACUAGCGGCAAGGUCAUUCUGGAGGCCGCGAUUCUUACAACAGUGGUUGUCUUCAGCCUCACUGCUUACACCUUCUGGGCCGCAAAGAGGGGCCAGGACUUCAGCUUCCUUGGUCCUUUCCUAUUUGCUUCUCUCAUCAUGUUGCUCGUCUUUGGGUUCAUUCAGAUCCUCUUCCCGAUGGGCAAGCUCUCUCACAUGAUCUAUGGCGCAUUGGCGGCACUCAUCUUCAGUGGCUACAUUGUCUAUGACACGGACAACAUCAUCAAGCGUUACACCUACGACGAGUAUGUCUGGGCCGCCGUCUCGCUCUACCUUGACGUCAUCAAUCUGUUCCUGGCCCUGCUGACCCUGUUUAGGGCGGGUGACAGCUAAGCGCAUCGCCCUGUGGCUUGAAAUCCCGUGGACGAAUUUGGUAUCCCGACGAGUCCUUGACUUGAAGAAUUGUAUAGGCUGGUAUCGCUGGCACGGUGAAGAUGUUGCUUAGCUUAGUUGAGUUGAUCCCUAGUAGAGAGGAAACAUGUGAAAACUGUGCAAUCGGUUCUAUGGAUGGUGGAUGUGAUGCUGGGUUGGUGGUGUUGCUGCGUGUACGGUAUCGUUUAUUACUAUCACUGUUUCUGAUAUCA